CCCUUAAAAUACGAUUUAUUUCAAAGACAAAUGAGAAACAGAGCAGUGUCUUCUCUCUCCAGUACAGCAGGAGGCGCUGCAGCUCUUUAGUCCGCCGAUAAACCCACUAAAAAAAGAAAGAAAGAAAGAAAGAGCUCACGUUUGAUGUGUUUGUGUAUCCUCGGUGUUUUUCUCUCUUGAGUGUUUAAACAGAGUCUUGUCUCUGUGUAUUUUAGUGUUGAUGAUGAGAGAUGAGAUGUGCUGUAAAUCAGUAGGAACUGAUCUGUCCAUGCUGGAUAUUGAUGAUUUCAUCACAGAAAUCUCUCAGCUGAAGAAAGAGGUGGCGUUACUGGAGACAAAGCUGAGGUUAAGAGGAGAUGAAGGACUGAAGAGAGAGGACUCAGAUCUCAGUCUGUCUUUACUCUGUUAUACUGAGUCAAAGUCCACAGAUGCUCAGGACACAACAGUGUGUGACAAUAAUGAGGGCUUACAGGAUCAUCAAACCUCCACAGAGUCUCUGGAUUCUGUCUGUAACGCUGGAGAACAGCAGCAGAUCCUGCACACCAAACUCAAGAUGUGUUCAAUCAAACUCAUUGACUUCAGGAACCUCAUGAUGAAGAUCAAAACUGAACCCACAGAAAUAAAAAAUGAACCUACAGAAGAGGAAGAUCAUGAUGAUGAAAAUGAGGGCUGUGGGGAUGAUUUUAUUCCUUCAGAUGAGAGGAAUGAUUCAUGUUCUGGAGGAGAAAUAACGUCCUCAACAUCAAAAGAAAGAAAACACACAGAACAGAAACUCUUCACCUGCAGGACAUCUGAGAUCAACUUUACUACCUUACAAGAGGAGAAACUUCCUUCAGAAGAUCACAGAGAGAAGAAGAAGAGAAAGAAAAAGAAAAAGUUUGACUGUCAGCAGUGUGGGAAGAAUUUUGACUUCUUAUCUCAGCUAAAAAUUCACAUGAGGACACACAGUGGUGAAAAGUCUUUCCACUGCAGUGAAUGUGGCAAAUAUUUCGGCAGCAAACAAACUCUUGAUACUCAUCAGAGAAUUCACACUGGAGAGAAACCUUAUCACUGUAGUGUUUGUGGAAAGAGUUUCAGUCGACAUGAUAGUUUAGUGUUACACCAGAGAACUCAUACAGGUGAAAAACCUUACAAAUGCUCUCGGUGUGAGAGGACGUUUACUAAGUCAGGCAACUUAAAUGCCCAUGAGAGAAUUCAUAAUGGAGAGAAACCUAAUCUCUGUAGUGUUUGUGGGAAGAGUUUCAGUCGACAUGAUAGUUUAGUGUCACACCAGAGAAUUCAUACAGGGGAAAAACCUUACAAAUGCUCUCAGUGUGAGAAGAUGUUUACUAAGUCAGGCAACUUAAAAGCCCAUGAGAGAGUUCAUACUGGAGAGAAACCUUACAAAUGCUCUCAGUGUGAGAAGAGGUUUCCUAAGUCAGGUCCCUUAAAAAUCCAUCAAAGAAUUCACACCGGAGAGAAACCUUAUCACUGUAGUGUUUGUGGCAAGAGUUUCAGUCGACAUGAUGGUUUAAUAACACACCAGAGAACUCAUACAGGUGAAAAACCUUACAAAUGCUCUCGGUGUGAGAAGACGUUUACUCGUUUACGUUCCUUAAAAUCCCAUGAGGGUGGUAAGAGAUUUUGUGGUAAGAGCUCCUCUGAUCCAUUUCAUGUCAGAGUUCAUACUGGAGAGAUAUCUCAUCACUCUAGUGUUUGUGAGAAGAGUUUAAAAGGCAGGGUGCACGAUCUCUGAAAGUCAAUGUUGACAUUUGAAAUCCCCUAAACAAUUACCCCAAUAGAAUCUGGACCUUCUUUUGACAGACCCGCCCCACACAUACGCAACCCAGGCAACAAUGUCGGUUAGUAGACACGCUAACUGCAGCUUGGCUACAAGUGUGCUGUGCUUUGGUACUCGCCCAAAUCCUUUUUCUUUUUAUUGUGCACCCUGCCUUUCAACUACACUCACCUAAAGGAUUUUAAGGAACACUGUUUGACCCCCUUUUGCCUUCAGAACUGCCUUAAUUCUACGUGGCACUGAUUCAACAAGGUGCUGAAAGCACUCUUUACAAAUGUUGGCCCAUAUUGAUAGGAUAGAAUCUUGCAGUUGAUGGAGAUUUGUGGGAUGCACAUCCAGGGCACGAAGCUCCCGUUCCACCACAUCCCAAAGAUGCUCUAUUGGGUUGAGAUCUGUUGACUGUGGGGGUCAUUGUGAUGUACAAGAAACCAAUUUGAAAUAAUUCAAGCUUUGUGACAUGGUGCAUUAUCCUGCUGAAGUAGCCAUCAGAGGGUACAUGGUGGUCAUAAAGGCAUGGACAUGGUCAGAAACAAUGCUCAGGUAGGCCGUGGCAUUUAAACGAUGCUCAAUUGGCACUAAGGGGCCUAAAGUGUGCCAAGAAAACCAUCUGAAUGUCUCAACAGAAAUCGAGACUCAUCAGACUAGGCAAUAUUUUUCCAGUCUUCAACUGUCCAAUUUUGAUGAUCUUGUGCAAAUGUAGCCUCUUUUUCCUAUUUUUAGUGGAGAUGAGUGGUACCCGGUGGGGUCUUCUGCUUUUGUAGCUCAUCCGCCUCAAGGUUGUGCGUGUUGUGGCUUCACAAAUGCUUUGCUGCAUACCUCGGUUGUAACGAGUGGUUAUUUCAGUCAAAGUUGCUCUUCUAUCAGCUUGCUGUUCUAUCAGCUUGAAUCAGUCGGCCCAUUCUCCUCUGACCUCUAGCAUCAACAAGGCAUUUUCGCCCACAUGACUGCCGCAUACUGGAUGUUUUUCCCUUUUCACACCAUUCUUUGUAAACCCUAGAAAUGGUUGUGCGUGAAAAUCGCAGUAGUGAGAAGAUUGUGAAAUACUCAGACCGGCCCGUCUGGCACCAACAACCAUGCCACGCUCAAAAUUGCUUAAAUCACCUUCAGUUUGAAGUUCAGGAGAUUGUCUUGACCAGGACCACACCCCUAAAUGCAUUGAAGCAACUGCCAUGUGAUUGGUUGAUUAGAUAAUUGCAUUAAUGAGAAAUUAAACCGGUGUUCCUAAUAAUCUUUUAGGUACCUGGAUGUCAGUUUAGUGUCACACCAGAGAACUUAUAAAGGGGAAAACCUUAUGCUUCGAUAUGAUUACAACUGAUUGAUUAUGAACUUUAUUUAUGCUUAUCGUUUUGAAUUGGCUUUUGUAUUAUGAUGCUCUUAACUUGCUAAUGAAUUUUUAUUUUGGAUUUAUUCUGCAUAAAUCUGAAUUAUUGACUACAAAUACAUUUGAUGUAUCCUUUGUUACAGCAAAUCUAUGACCAGGAUUAAGUUGGUGGUGACAAACCUCUUGAUCAAAAGGGUUAAGUUUGGGGCAUCAUCUGCCUUUAUCAGUUCACAUGGUCUGACGAACCACUUUUUUCUAAAAAUCCUUUCUUUCUAUUGGUAUUAAGUAAUAUUCUUAUUUUCUGAGAUACAGAAUUUUGGAUUUCCCUUAGUUGUCAAUUGUAAUCAUCAAACUUAAAAAAAUAAACACUUGAAAU